CCCUGGGCCAGGUGGUCAGGCCGGCUGAUAGACUCACACAAAGUGAACUGGCCGGCACAGACACUCCCCCACUUCCCCCAGGGGGAGGCGCGCACGCGCACUCGCGGAGGCCCUGCCCCCCUCCGUCACGUCUCUGCUCUCCGCUGGGGAGAGGCCCGGAGUGGCUGUGGCACGGAGACUGGUUUCUGGCGGCUGCUUGGAGGGGACCCUGCGGAGACUCGCCGCGGGAAGAAGCUCACCUGGGUGGGGAAGCCGGGAGCACUGGCCCCGGAUCCAGUGGUCGUGGCCAAUUCUUCCUGGAUUCCUGGGACGGAGAAAUGCUCCAGGAACAGCAGGCAUAUGUUGUUUCAGGCGGUGACAUUCCAGGAUGUGGCUGUGUACUUCACAAGGAAAGAAUGGAAACAUCUGGACUCUUUUCAAAGGCAUCUCUACAGGGAUGUGAUGCUGGAGAAUUAUGGGAACCUGCUGUCCCUGGGUUUUCCAGUUUCCAAACCUGAUCUAAUCUCUCAGCUGGAGCAACGGGAAGAGCUAUGGGUUCUAGAUUUACAGGGAACUGAGAAGAAAGAGACCUUAAGGGGCUCCUGCUCAGGUCCCAGAGUAUUAACUGAGGACAAGCAUUUAUAUGAUCAAGUGGACACUUCAGAAGAUACAGACUCACAUAGAGCAACUUCGGAAAUAUUCUUAAAGAAUGGUGCUGAGGACCCUGGUUUUAGAAGAGCUUAUGAAUAUGAAGGAAAAGUAAAGACUCAUCAGAGAAACCCCAAAAAAGUGAUUUUGAAGAAAUCCCCUUCCCAAAAGAAACAUUCUAAGCAAAUGACAGCAACCCACAAGAAAAUUGCCACAGGAAAAAGAGACCAGGAAUGUAAUAAAUAUAGGAGAAAUCCUGUCAUACCCAAGAAAGAAAGUAAAGGAAAGAGACCCCAUAAGUAUGAUAUCCAUGCCAAAAGGUCCCCCCCAAAUCAAGUUUAUAUUGAACAUCAGAGAACUUAUGCUAGAGAAAAACCCUAUAAGUGUCAUGAAUGUGGGAAAAGGUUUAGAUGCAGUUCACUACUUGUCCAACAUCAGAGAACUCAUACUGGGGAAAAACCUUAUAAGUGUAAUGAAUGUGAGAAGGGCUUCACUUGCAGCUCGCUACUUAUUCAACAUCAGAGAAUCCAUACUGGAGAAAAACCCUUUGAAUGUAAUGAAUGUGGGAAAGCUUUCAGUCGGAGUUCAAACCUUAUUGGGCAUCAAAGAACCCAUACUGGAGAAAGACCCUACAAAUGUAGUGAAUGUGGAAAGGAUUUCAGUUGGAGCUCGCAGCUUAUUCAGCAUCAGAGAAUUCACACAGGAGAAAAACCCUAUGGAUGUCAAGAAUGUGGGAAAUCUUUCAGUCAGUGCUCAUCCCUUGUUCAACAUCAGAAAAUUCACACGGGAGAGAAACCAUAUAAGUGCAGUGAAUGUGGGAAAAGCUUCAAUCAGAGCUCAUUGCUUAUUUGACAUCACAGAACUCACACUGGGGAGAGACCAUAUAAAUGUCAGGAUUGUGGCAAAAGCUUCAAAUACAAUUCAGACUUUAUUCUCCAUCGGAGAAUUCAUACUGGAGAGAAACCUUUUGAAUGCAGUGAAUGUGGAAAAACUUUUGGGUUCAACUCUCACCUUAUUGAGCAUCAGAAAAUUCAUACAGGAGAGAAACCUUACAAAUGUAAUGAAUGUGGGAAAGAUUUCCGUCGGCGUUCACAACUUAUGUUACAUCAGAGAAUUCAUACUGGAGAAAAACCCUAUGGAUGUAAAGAAUGUGGCAGAGCUUUUAGUCAGAGCUCACAGCUUACAUUACAUCAACGAAUCCAUACUGGAGAGAAACCCCAUAAAUGUAGAGAAUGUGGCAAAGCCUUCAGUAGGAGCUCAACCCUUAUUAAACAUCAAAGAGUUCACACCGGGGAGAAGCCCUACAAAUGUAAUGAAUGUGGUAAAGCUUUCAGUCAGAGUUCACAUCUUAUUCUACACCAGAGAACUCAUACUGGUGAGAAACCUCAUAAAUGUCAUAUUUGUGGGAAAGCCUUCAGUCGAAGUUCACACCUUAGAGAACAUCAAAGAAUUCAUACUGGAGAGAAACCAUAUAAAUGUAAUAUAUGUGAGAAAUCCUUCAGUCAGAGUUCAAACUUUUUUCAACAUCAAUUAAUUCAUACUGGAGCGAAACCCUAUAGAUGUAAUAAAUGUGGGAAAGGAUUUAACCGUAGUUCACACCUAAAUGAACACCUGAGAAUUCACACUGGGGAGACAGCUCAUCAGUAUAAUGAAAAUGGGAAUGUCUUAGACAGUUCAGGCCUUUUAAAACAUCGAGUUAAUGGUGGAGAGAAACUUCAUGAAUGUAAUGAAUGUGGGAAAGCCUUCAGUUGGAGCUCACAUCUUAUCCUACAUCAGAGAAUUCAUACUGGAGAGAAACCCUAUGAGUGUCUUGAAUGUGGAAAAGUCUUUAGUCAGAGUUCUCAUCUUAUUUUACAUCAGCGAAUUCAUACCGGAGAAAAACCCCAUGAGUGUAAUGCCUGUGGGAAGGCUUUCAUUCAUAGCUCAAGCCUUAUUCAACAUCAAAGAGUUCAUACGGGACAGAGACCAUAUGAAUGCAAUGAAUGUGGAAAAGCUUUUAGUCGGAGCUCAACUCUCAUUCAACAUCAAAUAAUUCAUACUGGGGAGAAAAUAUAUGGAUGUAAUGAAUGUGGGAAAACCUUCACGUGGAGCUCAAACUUGAGGAAACACCAGAGAAUUCAUACCAGAUCAUAAGCUGGUAGAUAUAAUGGAAAAGGAAGAACACAGCAUAGAUAUUUAACAUAGUAAAGGCUAGUCAACUUAGUUAUAGGGUUUUUUUUUUGAGGAGGGCGCAGUAAGACAAAAGGGGGUAGGUCUUUGAGUACUAAGUACAGGUCCAGCUGUGGAUCAACAUCCCCCACUUGUCCACUUGAUUCAAGCCAAUCUACUUCAACUUCUUAGCACAAGGUCUGCUAAUUCCUACCUCUGUGCAUUUUUACUUAUCUUCGUGUUUUUUUAUGUCAUUGCCCUUCACCACUUUCAAGAUCUUUUUGAAAAUCCCCUCUCCAGGAAGCCUCCCACUUCCAACUCUAAUCAUAAAUCCAUGAUAGGCCGUUUUGUAUUUCUAUAUUAAUGUUGUGGUAUAUUAUUUUCUACUUAGUUUAUGCACUGGAAAGAGUAUGGGCUAAAAAUCAGGAGACCUGGACUUUAGCCCCAGCCUUGAUUCUACUAACUGUUUGACAUGAAGCAAAUAGUUUUUCCUCUGGAGCCUCAUUUUCUUGGUAAAUUGAGGGUAUUGGCCUCAUUUGUUUCUGUGUUUGAUAUUCUGUGAUUCCGUAUAUUGGUUUUUAUUUGCCUUCUAACUAAAUCAUGUGAGAUUUUUUUAAUCUCAAUUGUACUUUAAACUUA